AUGGAGGAGGUCAAUAAGCUGAUAAAUUAUCAUAGGCGGUACGCGCUCGCGCUCAUCGGUCCAGUGGGGGUGUUGCUCACAGGGAUGGCGCUUCACUUCUACACGCUAAUCCGCGAGAGGCCAUCGGAUGGCCUCUACUGGGCCACGAUCACGUUGACCACCAUUGGCAUGGCCAUCUGCCCAGAGUCUAACAUGGCGAAACUUUUUGCUACGUUCUACUUGCCACUGGCAGUGAUCGCACUCGCAGACGCAGUCUCAGACGUUCAGAUGAGUGGAAUGCGUCGCAAGAUCCGAGGAUUCCGGGCGUUGAUGACGUGA